CUUGUCUGGGGUGUGAAAGUGCAUGCUAAUUCUAGGGUGACAUUUGAGGUGUGUGUGUGUGUGUGUUUGUGUGUGUAAAUAUGUAUUCUUGUGGACGUGCAGUUCUGCUGUUUGUAGCUCUUAUCCUUUGAUAUGUGGAUUAGGUCUGAGCAACUUAUUUGGGGGUUGAGGAAGUUUGUUAACUUUAGCUGACUAAUUUAGUUUCUGUUUGACUGUAAAUUGUUUAGUGCAGACACUGUUUCUCAUACCAUUGUGAAUUCUGUAAAUAUUUUAAAGCUUACUGUUUUUCUGUUUACAUGCGCCACGUUCACAAUAUUGGAAAGGUCAUUGCUUUUUUAAAAAAAAAUGUAUCAGCUUCAAGUGGUUACUAAAAUAUAAUUUAUAAUAUACUGUUUUAUAUGGCUGUCAUUUUUCAGAUUCAAGGAAACAGCUUGCUCAAUGGACAAACUUCAGGGAUGGACUGGGCUGAUUAUCACUCUGAUGCUGUACCUAACAGAUCCUGGCUUUGGCUAUGCCAUCGUAGAAGGCCCUCAAAAUGUAACAGCUGUUGUAGGUUCAGUGGCUCGAUUUAGCUGCACAGUAUCAGAUGGGUGGAAAAUUUUGAUAUGGCUUUUCAAUGGAAAUCCUAAGCUGUCUGUGUUGAGUUCUGGAGAAACUAUUGUAACAGAUGAGCGAUAUACUCAGAAUGGUUCUAAGACAAAUGGUAGCAUGUUUACUUCAGAGCUGAUGAUCCAUAAUGUUCAGCUGACAGAUUCUGGACAAAUCAAAUGUAGCCUCCAGAACAAUAAUAACAAUAGAUAUGCAUUUCUUUCUGUAUAUAGAUGUGAUAAUGAAGAUUGGCGAAUCCGAACUAUAAUUUUAGCUGUUGUGUUGUCAGUUGCUCUUUUACUCCUUCUGAUCCUUAUUAUUCUCCUUAUUAUAUGUUGCUGCAAAAGAAAGAAAGAGUCCAACUAUCAAAGUGAGCUAAGAAAGAUUUCAGGGAAGAAAAAAAAAGGUGGAAAUUUGGAAACUGUGAGUCCCAGUGGAAAGGAAAACUAUGGCUACAGUGCAGAGCAAAUGCCACAUCACACUUCCUUCCCAGUUGCAGAAAUUGUUUAUGAUACCAAGAAAGAUCUGAAUAUGAGCUCUUCAUCAGAGGUGUCAAACAACAAAUUUCAAGCAGAAGAAAUUCCUUCAAGAACUAAUGUUUAUCCAAUUAAUCCAGUCAAAAUCAGAAAUGUGACACUAAUAUAGGAAAGCAGUUACCAUAAAUAGCUAUAUCAUUUCUUAAAAUUUCUUCAUUUAUUUGAAAAUCAGAAUCAAUUUAAUAAUCUCUGAGGAAUUUUAAUGAAGAAGCUACUGUGUUUCCCCAUAAAACAGAAUGUCUUUCUCUUUAAAUAUUUAUUGUCUGUCUACUUUAAAAUUUAUUGUGAACUAGUGGAAGUUUCACUAUCACCUUUGACGUGAUCAUUCAAAAUAAGGUUUUGUUUAGUUAUCAUCUCUUUUUGUGAAAUUGUCAUAUUCUAAAUCAUAUGAUUCAUGAUGUUAAUUUUUAAAAUGCAAGCACUUAUGAUUUAAGAUAAACAAUAUGGUUUCCUAUUCAUAUAUUUCUGGGUGCAUACAUCAUACAGUGAUGACAUGACAACAGAAACUCCUGCAAGGAUAUGCACAAUUCAUAUUUAAAAUAAAUCCAACAUAGAUUUCCAUGAAAGCAGAUAUAAAAGCUUAAAUAAAAUGGAAUCCAUUGAGACAUGGCAUUGAAUAGAUUUAAUGCUAUUGAUCCUUCUUCAGUCAAAAAUGCACAUAUAGCAUGAUUUGUUUGCAAACAUUAUGUAAAAUAGCAUAUACUUGAAAUUUGCAUUAAAAAGUAUAAUGUAUGGUGACUUGCAUUUUAAAAAUUCUCUAGUUAGAUAAUUAAAAAAAGAGAUUAUAUCCCAAUAUUAAAUUAUAACACAUAUGCAGGAAAAUACACAUAACAAUAUAUUUCCAAUAUAUUUGGGAAAACUUGUGUUAAAUACAUACUGUAUGUUGGAAAGUUUUGUUACAAAUACAAGCAUGUAUUUUAUCAGGGGAUAUUGCAUAUAGAAGCUCCAUAUUAAGUAAAGUUUAAAUGACAAAUCAGAUGUAUUUAUUUUGUUAAACAAGCAUUAAAACUGUUAAUAUUUCUGAUAUUACUGUGCUAAGCAACUUAACUUCAUUGAGCUUUACUUACUACUGGCAUGUUAUCACUUUAAUUGCAUUUUUUAUUAUUUCAUUUACUUAUUAAACUAGCUGUGUUUUUCCUGUGUUAUACCCCUGUCAUUUAAGAACAUAGUUAGAAGUAGGAGUUAUUAAAAUUGAUUGGGCUUGUCUCUGUUAAUAAGUUGAAGUUCUCAAACCACUUUUUCCUUCUUCAACCAUUUUUUGAAAACCUUUGCAUAAAGUAAUCUGUGAUAUUACAAGUGCAUUUUACAUAAUUGAAUUGCCAAAUAAAAAGUACCUAAUUUUCAACUUUUUCUUUCUAAUUAAACUUCUAAAAUAGAAAGAACUGGGUCAUCUUAAAGAAUAACAAAUUUAUUCUGGCACUUUUGUGCAUUGGAAUCUUCUUCAUUAAAGCAGUAAAAUGUCUGUCACACUCAAUUCCUGAUGCCUUAGGAAUUGAUGACAAUAAUGUUUUCUUCAUAACUAUAUAGUAACGUUCUACAUUUAGGCAAGGAAAACAAAAUGCACAGGUACAGUAUAUGUGGUACCUUGCUCAAUAGUGGUC